AUCAAGCAAUCAUCAACCCAACCGCACAAAUUGCCAUGCCACGUGGCUGCCGCGAUAUCCUUUGGCCUGCCAAGGCUACCAACAUGAUCAGCUGGAUGGCACUAAGCACCAUUGUCAUCUACCUUCCCUUGUUCUUCAGUGCUUACUUUGACAAGUUUCAAAUUGGAAUCCUUGCGGCCAUUCCGUGCGUUUGCUCAAUGAUGGCGCCACCGCUGUGGGGUGCCGUGGCAGAUUUGCUGGGCCGUCAACGUUGGGUGCACGUUGGCUGCCUCGUGUCGGGCACAGUUCUGAUGUAUUGCAUCCAGUUUGCCAGGUCGAGCUUCCCCAUCACGUGUUUGAUUGUGUUCUGCGCGAACUUUCAAAUGAACCCAACGGGGUCGCUUCUGGACCAAGCCAUCAUGUCCCUCAUUGAAGACGUGGGCGGUGAGUACGGAAAGCAGCGACUUUUUGGAGCAGUCGGCUGGGGCAUUGGAGCGUUUUGUACCGGGAUCAUCGUCCGUGGCUACGGCAUUUCGUGGGCUUUCAAUCUCCACCUGCUGCUGCUCGUUCCGAACCUAUUCGCUUUGACCUUCCUUCCUCCUCCCAAGGUCCAUUGCCACGGCGGCAGCUCGUCCACGGCCAAAAUAUCUUUUACCGACGGCAUGCGACAUGUUUUUCGCCAACCCGAUCUGCAGUUUUUGCUGCUCGUCGUGUUGCUCAUGGGCCUCAUGUUUGGCAUUAUCUCGUCCUUCGUCACGUUGAACCUGUAUGAGCUGUCUGGCAACUCGCCAACGAUUGUCGGCAUCGCAAUUGCGCUUGAAACGCUCUCGGAACUCCCAGCGUUCUUUUUUGCGAACGCGACAGUCAAGCGCAUUGGGAUUGUCUGGACUUUGUUCGUCUCGAUCGUGGCCUACGGCGCUCGAAUCACUUGCUACGCCGUCAUGACUAGCGCCUGGAUGGCUCUGCCAUUCGAACUCUUACAUGGCGCCACGUUUGCCUUGGCAUGGGCUGCGUGCACCCAGUACAUCUACGAAGCAGCACCUCCUAGCACGGAAGGAACUAUGAUGGGGCUCCUCAAUUCGAUGCUCAACGGGCUUGGACGGGGUCUGGGGACGAUAGCUGGAGGCUACUGGUACGACAAGUACGGUCCGGCCUUCAUGUGGUGGAUGGCUAAUUUGGGUGUACCGUUGGCACUCCUCGGCCUCGCUCUCUUUGCCCGAACUCGACCCACUCAGCCCGGGAAUUACACAAAAAUUGUGCAUGUGCCAACGCAUCCGUCCAGUGGCGUCCCAAAUGAGUCGUGCCUCUGACCUGGAAACCAUUCAAUAGCAGGGAAUGUCGUUGCUACUUCCAGCGUCAAAGCUUCCUAGCGAGUUACAUGCACUAACGAGGCUAUUUGCAGUUUGAGUGGCUAUUCCGCGACGAUCGAAACGAACGCAUCACAUGGCGCAAGUCGCUCAAUAUAGUGGACG